CUCACUCACCCCCCUCCCCCAACAGUCCAACACACCCUCCUCACGCGUUUUCUCUUCAGAGCCUUUUGGUUUUGCCCUCAAACAAACCCUAGCCAUCUAACCUCCACCACCAGCGCAGGGAGUGAGGCACUACCGCCGUCCGUCGCGCUGUCGUCGUGCUCCAGGUCUCCAACCCCUGUUCAUUCUCACAGUCUCACCAAUUGCAGCUUCUUCGUUGAGAUCGACAUUCGCGUCUGGUUUUCGUCUUCUCAGCCGCGCUUCUGCCGUCGUCAGUCGUCGUGUCCGUCGCCUGAUCGCCAUUGUCCGUCGCACUCAACAGAUCUUCCUCACACUCUGCCCAAACUGCUCAGAUCGAAGGUAAUGGCUUCUCUGCUCCCUCCUCCACGCCGUGCGCCUCCUCUACGUCACCGGAGCCCUUGGUCCUGAGAGUCUCGUGUUCUAUUGUCACGGCGGAGGGCCAUAUACCAACGUCGCCGAUGCCCAGAUUCUAAAGUGGGAAGGAGAUGAAGUUGGUUGGACUUAGUUUGCUGUCACCUGUUCCAAUAGUUUUUUCGGUUGAACCACCGGUUGGACCAAUGAACCAAUGAACCAGUGAUUAGAGCAGUUUGAUGAUCGGUCCGGUUUUCAGAACCUUGGAUUUAACUCAUCCUUAUCCAGAUCUAAAAGUUUGCCCCCUUGUUCGAAGGAGUCGCCAAGUCUAAGACCCUAAUCUCACUUCUCACUUCUCACUUCUCACUUCUCACUCCUCCUGAAGCAUACCCACGCCACCCCCAUCUCUCCUUCUCUCUCAUUCUCAGCUCACCUCGGUUCACCGUCACCACCGCACGCUCGCCGCCGCCGCCGCGUCUCUCGCCGGAUUCUCCGCGUCGUGUGCUCGCGUCUCGCCUCUCUCCUCCGUCUGUGCUCGGCUGCUCGCAUCUCACUGCUCGCCCUCACUGCUCGCUGCUCCCUCCCUCUCUACCCGUCGCCCUCACUGCCCAUCAUUCACUGCUGCCUCCCUCUCUACUCGUCGCCGUCACUGCUGGCCCUCUGCCCUCUUGUCUCCUCUCUGUCUCCCUCUGCAUCUCUCUUCUCUUCUCUUGCUCGGUCCUCUCCCUCUGCGUGCAGCCAAGCGUAUCGAUGGCGAUGGCGCACAGUGGCGGUGCAUCGAGCUCAGGGGUGAAGCAGCAGGUGAAAUUGGAGAAAGAAAGCGAGCUCCGGAUUGAGGUUGGAAACGAUGCUCCUCUUCGCCUUCGUCUUCUCAAUGGAAACGCCGAGAUUUUCGGCACUGAGCUUGCACCCGAAAUUUGGCUCAAUUUCCCUCCCCGACUCAAAUUCGCUGUUUUUACUUGGUAUGGUGCUACCAUUGAAAUGGAAGGUACUACCGAAACUGAUUAUACUGCUGAUGAGACACCAAUGGUAAGCUAUGUUAACGUGCAUGCUAUAUUAGAAGCCAGAAGAACUCGUGCUAAAGCUUCAUCCUCGGGCGAUUCUGAAUCUUCUCAGGGGCCUAGAGUGAUUGUUGUAGGACCUACUGACUCCGGAAAGAGUACCUUGUCGAGGAUGCUUCUUAGCUGGGCGGCUAAGCAGGGUUCGAAGCCUACCUUCGUUGACUUGGAUAUUGGACAGGGAUCUAUAACGAUUCCUGGAUGCAUUGCUGCUACUCCAAUUGAAAUGCCCAUUGACCCUGUUGAAGGAAUUACUCUUGAGAUGCCUCUUGUUUACUUUUUUGGCCAUACAACUCCAAGUAACAAUGUAGAAUUGUAUAAAGUGCUAGUCAAGGAACUUGGGGGGAUGCUAGAGAGACAAUUUGCUGGAAAUGCCGAAUCUCGUGCUUCGGGCAUGGUGAUAAAUACCAUGGGGUGGAUAGAGGGAGUAGGCUAUGAUUUGCUAUUGCAUGCAACUCGUACACUUAAGGCUAAUGUUGUCUUAGUUUUGGGUCAGGAAAAACUGUACAGCAUGCUCAGAGAUGUCCUGAAGGGAGAGCCCAAAGUUGAUGUUGUGAAACUUCAAAGGUCUGGUGGAGUUGUAUCCAGGAAUGUGAAGGUCCGCCAGAAGGCCAGAAGUUUUAGGAUAAGAGAGUACUUCUAUGGCCUUCUUAAUGAUCUCUCUCCACAUUCUAAUAUUGCUAAUUUUAGUGACUUGUGCGUCUAUCGGAUUGGUGGUGGGCCACAGGCUCCUCGCUCAGCCUUGCCAAUUGGAGCAGAACCUGUUGCUGACCCAACAAGAGUUGUUCCUGUGAAUAUAAACCGUGAUUUGCUCCACAUGGUCCUUGCAGUCUCAUUUGCCAAGGAACCUGAAGAGAUCAUUUCAAGCAACGUUGCUGGCUUUAUCUACGUAACAGAUGUUGACAUUCAGAGAAAGAAGAUAACUUACCUUGCACCAUCCGCUGGAGAUCUUCCAAGCAAGUUUUUGAUACUGGGAUCCUUGACAUGGCUUGAGACAUGACCUAAUUAACAGUUUUGUGAUAGGAAAAUAUGUAGUGCUGUUGAUAUUUUUUUGAUAUCUUGAACAGUGAAAUUAUUAGAUGUAAUUUACGACUAUUUUGGGGAGUGCUUAGGAACAAACUUCGUCUUGAGAUUAUUUUGAUUUAUCAAAGCGAUGGUGGAUUGAAGUGGUUAAGAAAAUCAUUGACCAUUGCGUUAUUGGUGAAAAAGAAGCAUGAAAAUUAAUCUCAUUUCAAGAGGA